GCCACCUGACUCAUUGCACAACAGGUUGGAGAGUCAAGAGCCGUGACUACGUUGCACCGCCCAGUAGAGUUGGUCCCCAUCUACCUACACUACUUCUAAUCCUUCCGUCAUGAGGAUAACAUGGGCCCACGCAGCGCUUUGGCUACCGUACUUUCCUCUGGGUUUGCUGACUAUGAUUAUAAGAAUUUUCAUUUACCCACAUGCCUUACUGGCCUCCGUGGUAUUAUUCCCUUGCGGCGCCCUAAAGAGGUUUACUCUCUUUGACACAGUAUCCGUUUUAUUUUCAUCUACUAGAUCCGUUUUACGGGUGAUGUGUGUCGUACUCGGUUCGAUAGUUUGGAUAGACGGUAGUGAGCCAUCACACAAUGACCGAAAAAGGCUACCUGUCGUGUCGAACCACAUCAGCUUAUUUGACCACUUAAUGCUUUGUCUGUCGGCGGAUUAUGUAACGCCUCACGCGAAUGUUUUCCAUUGGUGUUCAACCUUCGUCGAUUUGAAGGGGGAGCCGGUGUCCAGUCUAGUUGAGAAAACUCUCCAAAAAAAUAUGAGCUCAGUUCACCUUUUACCCGAACAAAAGCCUUCCGAGUUUCAAGAAUACAUGCGCAGGUUCGAUUCCACUCCGUUUGAGUACCUGGAGAAAGUCCAGCCGGUUGCAUUGAAGGUGUACAGACCUAUUCCUAUAAAGUUGGUCGAAUAUCCCCUCAACUGGUUUGUUGAAUUGUUGUGGCACCUCUUUGUCCCCUUCACUAUCUAUUACAUAACCUAUCUGGAGCCCAUGAGCCGUUUACCAAAUGAGUGCUCUACUGACUUUGCUCAACGCGUGCGCAGCGUCAUCGCUCUGGCUGUGGGUGCUUCUCUUCAGGACGCUGAUUCAAAUGGAGCUGACAACGAGACAACUAUGGAGGAUAAAAAUGAAACUUAUCUCUCCAACCCACUCUCCAAUGCCUCUCCUUCGAGUUGCCAUAUCUCAACACCGUCGUCGUUCAACGAAUCCAGUGGUCUGCGGUUUCGCGGUUCCCCAACGGGUGGCUCUUCUUCGCUAGUUACACCCACUGGAGAGGUGGAUGUGUUCGACCACUUGAUUCCCAUUGUCCAAGAGGUGUUGCAUCUCACAUCCGUCCAACAGAUUAAGAAGGCAUUGAUCGCGACCGACGGUGAUGUGGACGCCGCGAUAGACAUGCUGGCCACUUCUGAGCACGAGCAAUCCGUCCAGAUUCCCACGCCUCAUGCCAGCCUGAUUCCAGCCAGCCGUAUGAAUGUGGCCGCCGAGACAUUCCACUCUAAUUCGAAUGCUCGACAGUCCAGCUUGAUCGAGCGUCGGAAAAAACUCAUGGAGCAUGCCCGCCAGCGUUUCGUCAUACAUCAAGCAAAAACCGCCUGAACUCCCUGCAAACUUUUUCACUUCUUGUCCCCCUUUCUACUCUCUGCACUCAUAAUCUUUUUGGUCUUUAAAUCACUAUUUUCCUUUUUUCGUGUAAUACGACGACUAUUUUCUGAAAACAAGUGCAGACUCGACUCCAUCGCAUCGCGCGGUACUUUUUGGGAUAUCAGUGGCCCACCAUUUCCCCGCAUUUACAAGCACGCAGGCCUUCCUUCGUAGCUCCGAUCUCUUCAUUUCUGAACUGUUACUAUACUGCGAUUUACUCCCGUAUACCCGCCCAAAUCCACCCCUUCCACUUGCACUGCACUAGUUUCACGACGCACCGAUUUUUCUUCCAAGUAUGGAAAGCGAGGUUCGCUCUUUUUAUUCGCGUAAUGUACAGUCUAGAACGAAUCUUCCUGCUGCAUAGUUUAGUUGCACAUUUACACACUCCA